CGGCAGCGUCCUCCAUCCUCCAGCAAUCACUGCCAGGGUUACAGCCUCCCAUGGGGGGGGGGACGACAAGCCUCCGAGUUCCCCUCCUCUCCUGGGAGCUCCUGGCGCUCUGCUCUCUCCACACCCCAUUCGCUGUCAGAAGGCGAGCAGAGGAGUGAACACCACGAGCCACACAAUGACAGAGCCCACGUCCAAGAAGCAGGGAUUCAAGAAGUGUCGGAGUGCCACCAUCAGCAUCGAUGGCUUCAGCUUCACCAUCGUUGCCAAUGAGGCAGGGCAGGGCGGCCGCUGUCCACUGGCCCGCUUUGCACGCUCAUUGUCCCAGAAUGCACUUUGCACCACCGCCACCACAGCCGACGCUGGCCCCACCGCCGCCGACGGCCACAAAGGAGGUGCGACGGGCCCUCGCAGUGCCGAGGAGAUCCUGGCCGAUGAGCUGCCGAUCCCGGACGCACCUGACGCGAUGGAGAAGACGGCGCUCAGGCUGCGGUGUCUUGUGAAGCAACUGGAGCGGGGGGAGGCGUCCGUGGUGGAGCUGAAGAAGAACCUGGAGUACGCCGCCUCCGUCCUCGAGAAUGUUUACAAUGAGGAAACCAGCAGGCGGCUGGCCGACCCGGAGGACGAGCUCCGGGACAUCCAGUCGGACGCCGUGCCGUCAGAGGUCCGGGACUGGCUGGCCUCCACCUUCACCCGCCAGAGGGGCCUGAUGCUGCGGCGCAACGAGGACAAGCUGCGCUUCCGCAGCAUCGUCCACGUGGUGCAGGCCGGCAUCUUCGUGGAGAGGAUGUACAGACGGAACUCCAACAUGGCAGGUUUCAGUUAUCCCCCGAACGUCAUCACUGUGCUCAAGCGCGUGGACACGUGGUCCUUCGAUGUGUUCGAGCUGAACGACGCCAGCGGAGACCACGCUCUGAAGUUCGUCCUGUACGAGAUCCUCACCAGAUACGACUUGAUCAAUCGCUUCAAGGUCCCCGUUCCCGCGCUCAUGCUGUUUGUGGAGUCGUUGGAGGUGGGCUACAGGAAGUACAAGAACCCCUACCACAACCUGAUGCACGCCGCCGACGUCACGCAGACCAUCCACUUCCUGAUCCUCAAGACCGGCAUGGUGCACUGGCUUACUGAGUUGGAGAUCUUCGCCAUAAUCUUCGCAGCCGCCAUCCACGACUACGAACACACGGGGACCACCAACAACUUCCAUAUUCAGACCAGGUCGGACACGGCCAUGUUGUACAACGACCGAGCUGUGCUGGAGAACCACCACAUCAGUGCGGCCUAUCGCCUCCUGCAGGACGACGACGAGAAGAACAUCUUCUCCAAUCUCAACAAAGACGACUGGAGGGAACUGCGGGCCCUCGUGGUGGAGAUGGUGCUGGCCACCGACAUGUCGUGCCACUUCCAGCAGAUCAAGGGCAUGAAAAGCCUCCUGCAGCAGCCUGAGGCGAUCGACAAACCGAAGGCCUUGUCUCUGCUGCUGCACACUGCCGACAUCAGCCACCCUGCGAAAUGCUGGAACCUCCAUCACCUGUGGACCACGUCGCUGCUGGAGGAGUUCUUCAGACAGGGUGAUAAGGAAGCGGAGCUGGGCCUCCCCUUCUCCCCCCUGUGCGACCGCAGCUCCACCAUGGUGGCACAGUCCCAGAUAGGUUUCAUCGACUUCAUCGUGGAGCCGACCUUCACCGUGUUGACGGAGAUGAUCGAGAAGAUCGUGACACCGGUCAUGGAGGAGGCGUCGCACUCUGGAUUUGCCAGCUUCAGGCUGUCCAGUAUCUGUGCCUGCGACGGGAAGCACUCCAGCGUGAAGAGCACGGGGUCGGACGCCGGCUGCUCCCUGACCCCGGUGGACUUCAAGAGCUUCAAGGUCACGUGGAACCAAGAGAUCGAUCACAACAGGGAGUUGUGGAAGGCCCAGGCAACCAAAGGACAAGAUGAGGCGAAAAAGGGUGUGGAGGCGCAGGAGGAGGUGGAGCAAGAGCCUAAAGGGGAAGAAGGAGACGAUGCUUCAGGAGAGGCUGCAGGAUCACAACCGAACGACACGGAGGAGAAGAAACCCGGCGGUCCCACAGAGAAGAAGCAGCCGCAGCAGCAGCGGCGGCAACGUCCGAACGACCCUAAGCCCGACUGCCCUGUGGUCCACUACUGCAAGAGACCCAGCUACUGCGCCAGCUCCUACCGGCUGCUCAGGUCGAAGGUCACCGAGUUGCGGCCCAUUGAUGCCAGGGGCAAAGCCAGGAGACUGGAGUGCAUCUCCCUGCGCCGGCGAAAGUGAAGGGUCGGGGGGCCGGAGUUUUACUCACAAGGCUCAAAAUAAAGAUAUGGCGGAUAGAAGCGGCGACGUGGUUCGUCAGUAGCUUUCCAUCUCGUCUGGUUUAUCGUUAUUGAUAGACAGUAAUAAUUCUCCACUUUGCACAGGUCAAAAGCACAGUUCACAACUUGAUUUUGGCAUUUCCUGUUUUAGCCUCCUCGCUUGUCAGCAUCUGAAGGUUUAGUAAUAAAAGAUCUUCCUGAUUUGAUAAAGGACAACGUUGUAUUGAUGUUUCUGCCCACGACAUCAUUGAAUGUGCUGCACAGCUAUUUUCCCAUCGUGUUUCAUGUUAUCUAUCCUGGUUUCAUGAUACAAUACUUUCUUUCUUUCUGUUUUUAAUUUUGUCACAUUCUUGAAUCUUUCAGCGUGUCCCCGUGCACAUGUGCAGCCGCUGUA